CUCUCGUCCACUCCCCCUCCCAUUCUGCUCGUAUCUGAUAAGAUUCGCGUUGGUGAACGCGUACAACUCUAUAUUUAUAACAUCCUAUGUCGCGAGCGACCGAAUCAGUCGUUCUCGGACGUACCAGUCACGAUGGAGUCGUCGGUAUUCUCGUCGCCUUUUGCUCUUUUGUUGAUCACUCUGGUCAGUAUCGGCGUGAUAAAAGUCAUAGCCAAAAUGCACUAUCUGCACAUCUACUGGAAGAAACGAGGUGUCCCUUACAUACGUGCUAUCCCGGCUUUAGGAAUUACUUGGAAAAUGUUCUCGCGACGUAUGAACUUGAGCGAAUACAUCAAAUUCAACUACGAAUAUGCACCGGAUGCCAAGUAUAUCGGACUAAUGGACAUGGCCACUCCUCUGGUUUUUAUCCGCGACCCCGAGCUGAUCAGGGACGUCAUGGUGAAGGACUUCGAACAUUUUACGGACCACCAGACCUUCGCGAAUGAGGACAUCGAUCCGUUGUUCGGUAAGAACGUCUUCUCCUUGCGCGGUAACCGCUGGAAAGAGAUGAGGAACACGUUGAGCCCCUCUUUUACUGCCAGCAAGAUGAAAGUCAUGUUCGAGCUGGUGUCGAAGUGUUCCCGCGAAUUUUCCGAGUACCUCGCCGAUCAUCCGGAGGAGUGUUCUUCCGUCGAUACGAAAGAGAUCUUCAGACGCUACACUACUGACGUAAUCGCCACGUCGGCCUUCGGCAUAAAUGUGAAUUCCAUGAAGGAUCGGGACAACGAGUUCUUUACGAGAGGAGUGGAUUCCACUCAGCUAUUCAACAGCUUCUCGUUCAUGUUGAAGUUUAUGCUAUUCCGCAUGAGUCCGCGACUAAUGAAGGCGCUGGGAAUGAACUUCUUCCCGCCGGCUACUUCGCAAUUUUUCAAGAAAAUCGUGGCAGAGACGAUUAAAACCCGAGAAGAGCAAGGCAUUAUCAGGCCGGAUAUGAUUCACUUGUUGAUGCAAGCCCGAAAUAAGGAGAGCCUCAGUGUUCACGAUAUGACGUUGGAUGACAUCGUCUCACAGGCGUUCAUCUUCUUCUUAGCCGGCUUUGACACGUCCUCACAGCUAAUGUGCUUCAUUGCCCAUGAACUCGCGGUUAACAGGGACAUUCAGGACCGCCUGUAUGAGGAAGUCGAGAAGCAUUUCGCCGAAGGCAACGGCGAGAUUUCCUACGAGUUAGUGUCGAAAAUGGUUUACAUGGACAUGGUGGUGUCCGAAACCCUUCGCAAGUAUCCACCGGUAGUUAUGAUCGACAGGCUCUGUGUGAAGAGUUACGAGCUGCCUCCGCCGAAUCCCGGUGGCAAGAGCUUGAUCGUGGAGCCCAACAACGUUUUAUGGGCGCCCGUUUAUGCAUUGCACUGUGAUCCCAAAUACUUCCCGAAUCCGAACAAGUUCGAUCCCGAGAGAUUCAGCGAUGAGAACAAGGACAAUAUCGUGCCCUAUACUUAUAUGCCCUUCGGCCAUGGACCCAGGAAGUGCAUCGGCAAUCGGUUCGCUCUGAUGGAAACGAAACUCCUGAUAGCUCAUCUCCUGCACAAAUUCGUCUUCAAGGCCACCGAGAAGACCAUUUAUCCUGUUGUAUUUGAUAAAAAGCAGUUUAAUCUGCAACCUGAAGGCGGAUUCUGGAUCGCGUUGGAGAAGAGAGAGAAAUAAAACGAGGCAUCACGUUAGGUAGUUUAGGAAUGGCUUAUUCUAUAAUAUAGUAGAUGUUCAAUUGUUCGAUAGUCAGGAUACACAAGGUGUAUUAAUUCUCGCGACAUUAAUUAAUAUGUAUACUCGAAUUUAAAUGAAAAUGAAAAUUUCACAGAAUGUCGAAGCUAUGAUAGUUUUUAAAUAUGAAACGUUUCAAGAGAGUGGACAUAUCACAAAGCUCACGCGCCCUCGCAUGGUACAAUGAUUUAAGUGCCAUCAUAGAUUCUAAUUUAUAACAAUAAAUAUAUUUUUGUAUUAGAAUCGCCAUAAGUAAUCGGAUUAUAUUUAUCUGAAAAUAAUUAAUAUAUCCCAUUUGUAUUAAUAAUAAUACGAAUAUAGAAAUGGUACUGAAUAUUGAGUGCUGAAUAUUUGUUUGGAGAAUAUCAAUCGUCAAUUAGAAGAACAAGGGAUUCUUCCUUAAUUUGUGUAGAGAAAUGAUGCCACUAGAAGAUGGCUUGUUACCGUUGCAAACAUUCAGAUUUACAGAGUUUCAAAAGUGUUCAACCUUUUGUCGUAGAAGUUGUAAUCGGUUAGUGAAGUCAUGAAGUAGGUUGGUCUGUGAUAUGAGGCUCGGUUGUAAGUGCCUUUCCAAUGAGGAAAUGUCUGGAUAUUAGCGCUGAAUAGUCAUCUCCGUCUUCAGAAAGCGGACAUAAAGGCCGUGAGUUUAGGAUGACUUCAAUUUGAGUUAAAAGCGUAGGUAAUUCCUCAUAUGUUAGAAUAGAGUUGCCAGUGAUACGACAAAGAUAAUAUUUUGUCGAUUUAACUGCAGCUCCCCACUUCCGUCCACAAUGGGGCGCAGAUGGGGGAUUAAAAUGCCAUUUAGUUCCGAGGUUUGAUAGUAAGGUAACUAGCUUCUUCAAUUCUUUAGAGGCUGAAUCAAAUCGUCGUCGAAGUUUAUCGUCGGCACGGACAAAGUUAGUUCCGCUAUAGAAUGAUGCACAGAUACCGCGGUGAGCGAUGAAUCUUUUGUAUGCGAAAAUAAACGCUUUUAUUGUAAGUAAUCGGUAACAAUAACUAAAUGCACAGCUAAUGUGUGAAAACUCACAAAAAUGGUGAGAUAUCCUUUAUAAAUUUUUGCUGCCCACCUUUGCCAAGUUUUUGUUCAUAUGGAGCUUACGUAGUCAACUCCGGUAUGAAGAAAGGACUGAAGUGGAGUUAUUUUUGAUAUCAGCAAAUGUCCUAUUAAUUGUUGAGCUUGAUUUCUACGAUAGUGAGUGCAACGCAAAAUGAAAGACUUUAUUGGCACCUCCGAUUAUCUAAUAUAUUUGAGAGGUAUAUACCAAUGUCAAUUGAGUUACACCGUGUAAAAUCCUUGUAUGAUCCUUUCAUUUACAUAGAAAAAAAUGACAUGACUUUCUUGUCAACCUGCACCUUUGGCAAAUAAGUAGCAAAAUAAAAAGCGGUUAAUGCGGUUCGCUCGACGUGAUGAGCUCUGGAUGACUGUAGUCAAUAUUUUUUAUAGAAACAUUAAAUUUUAUAUAAUUCCACUCGUGCAGGCAACUUGGCGUCUUGAACUUGGCGUCUUGAGUAUCCUUUUUUGUAAAUAUAAAAAAUGCGCGUUUCAGAGAAAAAGAAUAUUUUUAGAAAAAACACGUUUAAAAUUGGAUGAAUUGUUGAAUGCGGAAUUAAUUUCUCGCAUAAGCUGUACAUUGAGAGAUUGUAUCAGAUAAAUAUUUACGCUAAUUCACAAUUUCUGAUGUGAAUUUUAAAAUUUUGUAUCGUUUUCAUCACAUAAUGAGCAAUGCUUUAAUUAAUUUUUGCACAUAUUUUCAUUGCGUAAAAGCAUUUUGUAACUCUGCAUUUUAUAACAAAUACAACAUAAAAUUUCAGAAAAAUGUCAAUGUUUUUAAAUACUUUAUUUUUAAAUAUUAUAUGUUAAAAUAAAGUUUUCAAAUAAAGUAUUCCUUUAAGAGUUCUCAAUCUGAAAUUUGUCUCAUAUGAGAUGCUCAGGUUUUUAUUCAGAGGUAGAUCCAAAUUUUUCAGGUGAACUAUAUGAUAUGAUAUGACAUUUGUAUCUGUAAACACGAUUUAACUGAAAAGCUCUCAAUUAACUCUGAACUCUAUCUGAACUCAGUUCUGAGUAUAUCACUUAAGACGAGUUUCAAGCAAUGACUACGGCCCCAAGAGACAAUACAAAAUAUAUUUUUGCGUCUCAAUUA